AUGGGGGCAAGUUCAAGUUCCUCGCAGUCAGCAGAUAGCGAAUCCCUGGCCGAUACCCUGGUAGGGGGAAAGGUGACUGAUUUGGUGCAUGCUCUGAUCCUUAAGUAUCAAAUGAAAGAACCAGUCACAGAAGAAGAAAUGCUCCAGGUUGUCACCGAAGAGUACAAGCAUUGGUUCCCCACAAUCUUUGAGAAAGCUUCUUCAUGCUUGGAGAUGUUUUUUGGUAUUGAUGUAAGAAAAAUGGACUCCGCUGGCCACACCUAUAUGCUUGUUAAUUCACUGAACCUCACCUAUGAUUCGGUGCUGAGUGAUGACCAGGACAUGCCUAAAAAUGGCUUUCUGAUAAUUAUCCUGGGUGUGAUACUCAUACAGGAGAACUUUGCCACUGAGGAAGACAUCUGGGAUUUCCUGGAUAUGAUUGAAGUGUCUGAAGGGAAGGAGCAUUUCAUUUAUGGGGAGCCUAGGAAGUUACUCCAAAAUUUGGUCCAAGAAAAUUACCUGGAGUAUCGUCAGGUUCCUAGCAGUGAUCCUCCAUGCUAUGGGUUCCUGUGGGGUCCAAGAGCCAAAGCUGAAACCACCAAGAUGAAAGUUUUGCAGUUUGUGGCCAAGAUAAAAGGAACUCACCCCAGUUUCUUCUUAGAUUCUUAUCGGGAGGCUUUGCAAGAAGAGGAAGAGAGAGAACAGGCUGCAGCUAGUUCCCUGGGUAGUACCAGUGCCUCAUUCUUUGCACAGCAUUUUUCAGCAGCUUCUCCUGGCCCUGAAGAUUAA